CACAAAGCGGUGUCCUGGAGCGGGAGGAUUUAUCAGUUGUACUUGUAGGCUUAAAACCUGUGUGUGUUGAUAUUUUCUUGAUUCUUUUACUCCCCAUCCCGGAUCUCUCGCGGAAAAGGCAAGCUUUCUAUACAUUAAUGACAUGCAGGCAUUACGACGAGCUGCCCCACUACGGCGGCAUGGAGGGGGUGGGCAUCCCCACCACCAUGUACGGGGACCCCCACGGCGCCCGCCCCAUGCAGCCCGUCCACCACCUCAACCACGGGCCGCCGCUCCACUCGCACCAGUACCCCCACGCCGCCCACGCCAACGCCAUGCCCCCCGCCAUGGGCGCCUCCGUCAACGACGCCCUCAAGAGAGAUAAAGAUGCCAUCUACGGACACCCCCUGUUCCCUCUUUUAGCACUGAUUUUUGAGAAAUGUGAAUUAGCUACAUGCACACCCAGGGAGCCCGGGGUAGCGGGAGGCGAUGUUUGCUCCUCUGAGUCUUUCAAUGAAGACAUAGCAGUGUUCGCCAAACAGAUCCGAGCAGAGAAACCCCUCUUUUCCUCUAAUCCUGAACUGGAUAACUUGAUGAUUCAAGCCAUACAAGUAUUAAGGUUUCAUCUGUUGGAAUUAGAGAAGGUACACGAAUUAUGUGACAAUUUCUGCCACCGGUAUAUUAGCUGUUUGAAAGGAAAAAUGCCUAUCGAUUUGGUCAUAGACGAUAGAGAGGGCGGAUCAAAAUCGGACAGUGAAGACAUAACAAGAUCAGCAAAUCUAACAGAUCAGCCCUCCUGGAACAGAGACCACGAUGACACGGCGUCGACGCGCUCCGGGGGAACCCCCGGGCCCUCCAGCGGGGGACACACAUCGCACAGCGGGGACAACAGCAGUGAGCAAGGUGACGGCUUGGACAACAGUGUAGCUUCCCCCAGCACAGGUGAUGAUGAUGAUCCAGAUAAGGACAAAAAGCGACAUAAAAAGCGUGGCAUCUUUCCCAAAGUAGCCACAAAUAUCAUGAGGGCAUGGCUGUUCCAGCAUCUAACACACCCUUACCCUUCAGAAGAACAGAAAAAGCAGUUGGCACAAGACACAGGGCUCACUAUACUUCAAGUGAACAAUUGGUUUAUUAAUGCUAGAAGAAGAAUAGUGCAGCCCAUGAUAGACCAGUCCAAUCGAGCAGUAAGUCAAGGAACACCCUAUAACCCCGACGGGCAGCCGAUGGGAGGUUUCGUGAUGGACGGCCAGCAGCACAUGGGCAUCCGAGCGCCAGGGCUGCAAAGUAUGCCAGGGGAUUAUGUGUCUCGGGGUAGUCCAAUGGGUAUGAACAUGGGACAGCCAAGCUAUACCCCACCCCAGAUGGCCCCCCAUCCCGCUCAGCUGCGUCAUGGCCCCCCCAUGCAUACCUACAUUCCUGGACACCCUCACCACCCAGCGAUGAUGAUGCAUGGAGGACCACCCCACCCUGGAAUGCCCAUGUCAGCAUCAAGCCCCACAAUGCUUCAUACCGGCGAGCCGGCAGUGAGCGGACAAGUGAUGGACAUUCAUGCUCAGUAGCUUAAGGGAAAUACGCGUUGUCUGCAGCGACGGUAGAUUUCAAACAUUGUCUUUCUGCAAUGACUAUGGAGUUCUUGGCGUCAACUUUGGACCAAGGGACGUUCCAAUUCUUCACAGGGACCCUGAAAAGCAGGAAAACACCAACCGAAGUCAACUUCUGGGGACAUGCUAAAUACCUAUAUAAGACAUUAAGAGAACAAAGAGUGAAAUAUUGUAAAAUGCUAUUAUACUGUUAUCCAUAUUACGUUGUUUCUUAUAGAUUUUUUAAAAAAAAUGUGAAAUUUUUCCACACUAUGUGUGUUGUUUCCAUAGCUCUUCACUUCCUCCAGAAGCCUCCUUACAUUUAAAAAAAAAAAAAAAAAAAAAAAGAAGCCUUACACUUACCCUGCAAAUGACAGAAAGGGCUUAUUUGCAGGAUUUUUAGAGCAUUAAAAUAACUAUGUCAGGCAGAAGAAUCUUUCUUCUAUCCUAGGAUUUCAGCCAUGCACACUCUCUCUCUCUCUCUCUCUCUCUCCUCUCUCUCUCUCUCUCCCUCUCUGUCUUUCUUCCCUUUCUCUCCCGUCUCUCUCCCUCUCUCUCUUUCUAGCCUGGGGCGUGAAUUUGCAUGUCUAAUUCAUUUACUCACCAUAUUUGAAUUGGCCUGAACAGAUGUAAAUCGGGAAGGAUGGGAAAAACUGCAGUCAUCAACAAUGAUUAAUCAGCUGUUGCAGGCAGUGUCUUAAGGAGACUGGUAGGAGGAAGCAUGGAAACGGAAAGGCAGUGUAUUUGAAGCCUAAUUGUCACAUCAGAGCAUCCUUGUCCCCAUGCAGCAACCACCACCUUGUACAUCACUUCCUGUUUUAUGCAGCUCGAAACGUGGACUGAAGAUUUAUUUUUUAAUAUGUUGACUUUCUUUCUGGGCAAGACAUCGGUCAUGUGUGCAUUUUUAUUUUUUUUUUUCCAUAGUCCCAUCAUGGAGCAUUUAUGUAUACAUUGUAAAUAAAUUUUGUGCAAAAAGGACUGGAAAAAUGAUCUGUAUUAUUGCAAUUUUUUGUAAAAGUAGCAGUUUGGUAUGAGUUGGCAUGCAUACAGAUUUACUAAGUGGGAUAAGCUAAUUAUACUUUUGUUGUGGUUAAACAAAUGCUUGUUGAUAGCCUUUUUCUAUCAAGAAACCAAGGAGCUAAUUAUUAUUAAUAAUAAUCAUUGCACACUGAGUCUUAGAGUUUCUGAUUGAAACAGUUUGGAUUGUAUAAUAACUCAAAGCCCAGUUGUAGUAGUUUGAGUGCAGUAAUGAAAUCUGAAUCUAAAAUAAAAACAAAUUAUUUUUUGUCA